CUGGAGGGUUGGGGGAAGGGCUAGAGGGUUCGGCUAGAUGAGGCGACUAAGGUUGGGAGGACGGAAUCGAGCAGGUCGUCGGACAAGAUAGAGGCGACGGGUUCAAUGAAUGAAGCGUCAGUUUGCAUAGAGAGGGAAGGCUUCGGCUGAGUGUUGCUGUCGGCCAGGCUCGCAAAGCAGUGAAGAGGUCUUCGAUUAACUAUAGGUAGGUAGGGUUAAUCGAGUAUAAGUUGUAUGGGUUGAGGUUGAAGAGCUCGCGGCUUGACGAUUUCUGGAAGAUGAAUGGGGUUCGGAUGUCUUGCGGCUAAGUUUGGAAGUGGAUUUGGCCGGAGAAGUGGAGGUCUCAGCGGGUCUAGAGCAGAGGAGAGGCGGAGGUUGCGAUUCGAUCUGAGGAGAGAUUUCACGUGCGUGUGAGAAAACGAAGCCUUGCUCUUCAUUUUAUCAACGUGAAUGGGUGUGCUCGAAGUGUUGUCGUCUGAGAGGAUUGCUUCGACGCCGUUCGCAGGGCAUGGGUGACUGUGGCACACGAGAUUUGGCGCAGGAUUUUAGCAGAACAUGGCAUGGGAAGCAAUUGAGACCGCCCUUGAGGAGCUUGAUACGAACAGAAUUUAUAUCAUGGGUGAGCUUGUUGAUCGGAACAGAUGGCUAGGUAUUACGAUGAAGAAAGCAAAUGAACAAGGGAUCCAAUCAGCAAAGCUGCCAAUUGGAAACUAUAUCAAGUUAGCAAGCUCACAGCUAAACCACUGUAUACUUCAGAAUGAAGAGAAGCUCUUCCAAUGACGUUAUCCAAUCUAUGGUUCUUCAAGAACUUGCCGAGGGAGUCGACUGAAACAGCACAGGCCGUUUAUUACAAAAGAUAUAAUAGUGCACCCACUUUUGUCUGUUGCUAAGGUUAGUUUGACCCUUUUUUUGCUUUUCCAAAUGAAAUUAUUAUUUGCUGCUUGUAUAGUUAUCGGCCCUCGAUAUUGAAUAGAGAUAUUUGAAUUUUUUGUGUGAUCCAAA